AAUUUCACAGGCAGCUCGCCUCACCCUGUUCACCUCGUCUUAGUGGACCGCGACCGCUGGGCGACCCCGCCGCCAUCUGAGGUGAGCCCAGCUUCCCCCAUGUACUCCCUCCCUACGCAGCAUCCAUUAUUGUCUGCGCACUUCAAAGCACAGAGCCUCAUCUUUAAUUCACCACACCACCACACAAUUCGACACCCCACGCCGUCGAACAUUUCCAUCAUCAAAUCGCCCCCGAACCACGAAAGAGCGACAGAUGCGCACGACAGCUUUCGAUACGCCUUCGCGACCAUGAUGCGAGAUCCGCGUCGCCGGAGCCCAGAGAGCUCUCGGCGGCGAAGAAGAGACCGCCGUGAUUCUCGCGAGCAACUCGCCAGCGCUGCCGACGAGAGCGUCGUAUCGAGUAUUCCUGGUCCUUCAUCUCGGGCCCCAACACAGCAGCAGCCUUUGCCGUCCGUCUAUUCGCCGUCGCAAUCGCAAUACCCCCAAUCCUAUACCGAAUCUCAGAGAUACCCCGAAACCGAGAGAUAUGCCGCCCCUUCUGAGAGAUAUCCCGAUUCUCAGAGAUAUGGCGAGCCCCAACGAUACCCCCAACCCGACCAGUACCAACAUCACCAACACCACCAGCCGCAACAACAGUAUCCCCCUUCCGAGGCCUUCGUUCAGCCUCUAGGCUAUGGCGAACCCGAACGACAUGCCCAACCCCAGCCAUACCAAGGAAACCAUCAGUCCGAGAGGAUGCGCCCGCGAGGCGGCUCCAGUUCUUCCUCGUCCUCCUCCACCUCCUCCUCCAUGCUCAACAUCUCAGCAAAGAGCCCUAAGUUUGGCGGCAUCUUUAAUACUUUCUUCAGAGCCCCCUCGGAGCAGCGCAAACGUCGCAGGAGGAAGAAGCAGAAGGCCCGCAUUCUCUCCUUUGGCAAUUCCUCCUCUUCGUCCGUCAAUUCUGACAUGGCUUACGGUCGCGGCUACAUUGACCGCGACAAGAGUCAGCUUACGAGCCCCAGGCCACAGGGAUACGCGAGUCCCUCGUUGUACCGCGCUGAACCGACUGACGCCCACCAACAACAACCGCGGCCCCCGAUGCCUCGUGAUAAGACCGACGAAGAAAUUCUCGAGAUUGGACGCCAACUGCAAGACAUUGCGCGCAGGCAGAAUGAGCAUGACCUCAAGUCUGCUUCCAAGUCACGGGCGUCCCAGCUGGCCGGUACCGCGGCUGGUGCCGCAGCCGCAGCCGCCGCCUUCAGCCAUUUCCGUAGUAAGAGUAAGAGCGACACCAAGACCAGAGGAUCUGGCACUUCUAAACCUAAUGAAAACGCUUCCUCCUCGGACGAUGACUGGGAAUCGGCGUCUGAAGAUGAGUCUACUACUACGGAUGAUUCCGACAACGGCCUGGCGUAUGGCUCCUCCAUCAAGCCGUCCAAGUCGGCAAGAAUUUCAAACGAGCCUCCGGAGCAGAUCAAGCCACCCUCGCGGAGGAGUACCAUUGUGGACCCACGCCUCUUCGGUCCCGUAAACUCUCUUCGCGGCGCCGUAAAAAGCCCAUGCGGCUUUGGCGAAGAAGACCCCCGGUCCGCUGGCUCUUCCCGGCGCCACCACGAAGAGACGGUAGCGCAGGUCGAAUCGCCCAAGACUGGGAAACAACCGAUGCAGCGUAUAUACCCCGUGCCGACCUCAGACCCGGACAAGUUUGACUACGACCGUAGCUCUGUAACCUCAUCCCGCCAGGAUGUCCCUCAGCGUGCCCGGCCCGACCCAGUCCCCAUCCAGCAGCCUAUUCCCAUUGUCCCUCUCCCGUCCAAGGUGUACGAUGCAGAAAGAUUCGAGGAGGAGGAGCGCCGGAACUCUAAGCAACCCCGCCAGCCGCCCAAGGGAAGAAGCGCUGCUGAGAAUGCCAUCGCUGGCGUAAGCAUUGCCGCUGCGGCUAUGGGUGUGACCAUGGCUGCUAAACGUAGGGACUCGGGCGAGUACAUGGAACGACGAGAUGACCGUCGAAGUGAGGUACGGGACCAUCAUCGGAAUGACUUCCGAGAUUCUUGGCAAAGCCGUCGUAUAGAGGAAGAGCCCGAACGCCCAGUACCAAUUGAGCUGGAAGACCGCGAUCCUCGUGAUCAGAACGACCCCCGCCGGCCCCAUAGACGCAACAACGUUGAGAUCAUCGACGACCGAGACAAGCGUCGGGCUGGCUGUUCUGAUCCCGCCUAUGAGGCCUUGAAGAAGCCCGACGUCGAGACUGACCCUCGCCCGGAGGUGUACAAGCUGCCCCAGGGUGACGAGAUUCGAGUUGAGUACGACCCAAAAGAUGACCACCGGCCACGUGAGGAACCAAAGGAACCUCGCAGGGAUGACCGUAAGCCGGUGGUGGUCGUGGAUGAACGCCGGGAUGUGAAGCGGGUAGAGAAGCCGACUGAGGCGCCCCGAGAGAAACAUGGGGUGGAGCAUCCCGAGGCCCCCAAUGCACAAGCCCCUAUUGACCCUUUCCAGUUCCAGGUCGCUGAUGAUGCGUUCCAAACGCCAAAGUACGCCACUCCGAAGAGGCCACUGACUCCCCAGGUCGUGACCGUCGACCGCGAACCCAACUUUGACGAUUCUCCGCCGAGGAAGCCCGACUACUCCGAAUCCCGAAUGAGCCGCAAAGACUCCUUUGAACUCGAGAAGCGUCUGGAGCAGUAUCAGCAAGGAGCACGAGACCGUUCCCGGACCCCUGAGCCGCGCCGCCGGAGAGAUUCUCUUCAGGAGGAACAGCAUGCUGCAAAGUCCAUCUACGAUGAGGCCAAGCACGCUACCGUGCCUAUAGCCGCGGCCGCCAUUGCUUCUGCCAUCGCCGUCGAAGAGGAGAGAUCACGCAAGCAUCGCAACGAUCAUGUGACCGAGGAUGGCUCUCGCGACAGAUCCCGAACUACCAAGGACGCCAUACAGGAAGAGGCCGAUCGGUACUACCGUGAGACUGUCAUCGCCCGCAAGAUCGCCAAGGACGAGAUCCGCUCGCGCAGUGCGUCUCCUCAUGAUGAGUCUGUUGUCGGCAAGUGGCAAGACCACGAUGAGGGCCCUGACAUCGUUACCAUCGUAACACCGCCCGAGAUGGAUCAUCCUCACGACAAGAGCCCGUACGACGCCCCCAACGCCGAUGUUCGCAUUGAUCAUGUCAUCAUCCCCGACGAGCUUUCUCGCUUCCGUCUGCCUCACCGUCAACUCGAUCCUGGCGCACAGCCAAUCUUCCAGUCUCGCGACCCUUCUGCUGAGCGUGAGCGACCUCUGCUGAACCUCGUCUUACCCACACCCGUUGUUACCCCGCGCCACACGCCCGCCCCUGAGAAGCAAGCGCAGGAACAACCCUCCAGUAGAAGUCAAGAGCCUGUUCAACCACGAUCCGUUACUUCAGCUGAGCCACCUUCUUCUGCGACCGCGCCUGCCACAGAAAUCGUUUUUGGACCCAGAGGCGAGGUUGUGGAAAGGCCGACAACGCCCACAGCCAAGUCAGUCACUUGGGGCGAGAAUGAGACCAAGAGCUUCCAGAUCGAGAGCCCAGAGCCUCCAAUCAAGGAGCUGUCCAGCACCUCUAGUAAGUCUAAGAAGAAGAAAAAGAAACUGGGCAAGAGUUCACCGUGGGGCAUCAUUGCUGCGGGCGUUGCCGGUGGAGCUGCAGCGGCUGCAGUCUCUGAAGCCUCUGAAGCCCCCAAGAUGCGCGAUCCUUUCGAGAGCAAGCCCGAAGAGGAAAGGGAGCGACACAGUCCCCCGGAGUCACCAAAGUCCCGCAGCGUCGAGCCUAUAUCACCCAUAAUCGAAGCUGCCCCAUCUAAGCUCACCACGUCGUUCGAAGAUGACGCAGACUUGCCUCCCGCCCCAGGCCCCAAGCCUUCUAGCCCUCAGACGUCUAGGAUGCCUGGCGCCUUUGCAGAUGAUCUAGAAUUUGCCUCUGUGUUGGCGGCUGGUCUUCAAGACACUGGGUUUGAUCCCAACAUUGUCAUCGACAACCCCACCUACAUGCGUCGCGACAGCCCACCAGGACAAAGUGAGCCGGCCGUUUACCAGCAGCCGUUUGCCGAGACUGUCACCGACCUGGGCAUCUAUGGUCCCGAUCAUACCCAUGAUGGGCCCACUGCAGGCGACCGCGGCUUUGUCAUUGGCGAGGUGCCAGAAACACCAGUCACAGAGAAGGAAAUGCACAACGGCCACGCGACCGAUUCUCCUCGUGAAAAAGAACGUCGUGACAAGGGCAAGGCUAAGGAGGUGCCAUUCAUCGAGCAGGAGCCGCCAGUUGAAGAGACUGAACCGUCGAGGAAGCUGAGCAAGAAGGAGAAGCGCAAGCAAAAGGCAUCAAAAAGGCAAAGUCUCGACAACGUGCUACCUGAAGAGACGUAUGGUGCCCCCGAACCAAGAUCACAGCCCGAACCUGCUCCUUCGUCUGCACCGGCCCCUGUCUACGAAAGACCACACGGCUAUGAUGACGUUCCCGAAGCCACAUCACGACCUGAGCCUAAUCCAUUUGCUCCGAUGGAUCAUGCAUACGCCAGACCUCACAGUUACCACGAUGUCGCCGAAGCUGCACCACACCCUGCACACGCUCCAUACUCGCAAGCAAUGCCCGCCUACGCUAGACCUCACAGUUACUAUGGCGAGCCUACAACGGCUUACCGAGACCAACCUGCUCCCUACGCAGAGACAGGCCCUUCUUAUGAGAGGCCAAGCAGCUAUUACGAUACCCCUCAAAGUCCGGAAACCGUUGUGGCGCUUGGCCCGAAGACUCGUGGAUUUCAAGACGCACCCACCUGGGAUUUGCCCACUUCUUCUCUGACAACACACCCUCAUGACGAGACUCCCGUCUCUAGAACGGUGGAGUCCGAAGCUGCCCUAACAGACCCUGAAGCCUCCACAUCGGCGAAAACAAGAAAGAAGGACAAAAAGAAGAAGAGUCGUGGCUCGAGAUCUGAAAUCAUUGUCACAUAUGACGAUGAUGAGCCAGAAACUCAAGAGCCAUCUUCUUACAAGGACCCGAGCACGUCCCGCGAGAAAUUGCCCGAGAGGGAUUCAUACCGCUCUACCGAACCCCAAGAGGCCGGCGACGACGCAUGGGAUGAGCAUGCGAAGAAGAAGAAGUCCAAGAAAUCCAAGCAGAGCUCAGACGAAUGGACAGACGUCGACAAACAGAGCGAUUACACCGCGACCCCAACCGUCGAACGAAGCAGCACUCGCGACGAUCUUGAAGACUGGGACGACCUCCCGGCCAAGUCUCAGCGGGACCGUUCCAAGUUCGAAGAGCGAGAUGUGAGCUCUGUAGUAUCUGACCCAUCGAGCAGGCGAGACAAGUCCGAGCGCCGUUCCAAGAGUAGCCGGAUUGACGACCGCGACGUGAGCUCAGUUGUCUCUGAUCCUGCGAGCCGCCGCGACAAGUCAGAUCGUCGAUCCCGGAGCAGCCGAUACGAGGACGCAGACACCAGUUCGGUGGUCUCUGACCCCUCAAGCCGGCGUGAAAAAUCCGAUCGCCGGUCCCGCAGCAGUCGCUUCGAUGAUAGGGAUGCUAGUUCAGUUGUGUCCGAUCCCGCCACACGGAGCGAAAAGUCAGAACGUCGUUCCAAGAGUCGCCGUGAGGACGAUCGAGACGCAGCUUCCGUAACCUCUGACCGUUCGUCUCGUCGUGAGAAGUCUGACCGACACUCGAAUGGAACUCGCUACGACGACGAUGCCAGGUCGGUGGUGUCGGAAAGCUCCGAACGUAAGAGACGCAGCCGAGACGACAAGAAGAGUCCCAAGGAAGAUGAGAAACGCAGUAGCGGCUUCUUUAACAACCUGUUUGGAAACAGAAGCAGCAAGGAUGUUUCCAGCAAGGACGAGAAGUCGUCUUUUUUAGAUAAUGCCGGCACCCUUGGCGCGGGUGCCGGCUUGGCGAGCGCCGUGGCAGCUUUGGGCUCCAUGAUGUCCCGCUCCAACGCCACCGAACCGCAGUUGGAAGAGUCGUCAGAUGCUCUUCAAGAUCGCGAGAGAUCCGCCAGUCCCCCGCGAGACCUAGACAUCGUCGACCCUGAGAUCGUGCCGCGGACUAUUAGACCUGCCAUCGACCCUCAGUACGGAGAUUUCCUCCCCCUGCCACCCAGCCCAAUGCCGCCCAGCACUCCUGGCUCUCCCACCCAGACAGACUUGGAUGAACUUCCUGCCCUGCCCGACAGCCGGCCGGAGACGCCACCGGAGGAGCGGAGGCGUCAGCACGAGACCAAGACGCCAAAGACACACGCCCGCAAGCGUAGCAACAUGGAGACACCGACCAGAAGCCCAAGUCAGACAGCCGUACCCUUCAAGCUGCGACUGGGGCAGAGGUCGACACCUUCGUCUCCAGGUACCUUCGGAGUCUCGCCUGUCACCUCGCCAGCGGUGCCGACGUUCCCCGAGACCACACACAUCACCCCUCCUCAUCCCGCUUCCCUGUCCAGGCGCCCCUCGAGGCCCAUCUCGUGGGAGAACAGUCGCGAGAUCAAGCCCCUCUACCUGCUUGAACAGGCUCGUCAGGAAUCCGCAGCUCAGUCAAUGGAGCCACCCAUUGAUUUCCCAGAGCUGCCUCCAAGCGAGCCGUCAUCGCGGGAAUCUCCUGCACCAGAAUUCACCCUGCGUGAUGAGGAUGUGAAUUACUUCCAUCAGCUUCAGGCAUCGCCCUUUGAGCCUGACCUUCGUCUUGACACGGAUAUGUCGCGCUAUCCUGAACAAACAACGCGCCGUUUCAGCUCGCAGGAAACCACUCCGAAGGCAGAGCACGCAGUCCAGCAUGCCGGUGCCAUGUUUGAUGCGGCAUCACCUGGCCUUCCCCCGUCUGCAGAUACCGCCAGGGGGUUGGACUUGUCAGAGCAUGAGCUAGAGAAGCUGCCCGCACUUCCUGCUAGCCCUAUGACAUCCCCGGCAACGGCCAUUGCCAGUCCUACUCACCGUUCGAACAUUCCGGAGUUCAAGUCAGGGCAGUUACCUGCUCUACCCGACAGCCCCGUGACACACGCAACUGAGAUGCCCGAACCGGAACAAGUCGAGACGACGUCCAAAGAAAGAAGUUCGUAUCUCCUACACAUGACGCCCCCAUCAAUCAUCAAAAAUCUAAUGGAUCGUGACACACCAGACACACCAUCAAGCCCUACACUGAACCGAUCGCGCGAUGUUGCCGCCAAUUUGACCGAGAUUGACCAUGACGGCCACUCCCGCGAUGAUGCUAUUGGCGCUCUACUGGGAGGUGCCGCGGCUGGUCUGGGAGCUGCGUAUCUCGUAGACCGUCUCAAGUCUCACGACAAGUCUACAGAGAUUGGUCGAGACGGAAAGACUUUGGAUGCUCCCGAACCAGCGGAAUUACCCGUAAUCGAAGGCAGGAUGUCCAAGAAAGACAAGAAAAAGAAGAAGAAGGGCAAGGGCGCGUCAGUCGAUGGCAUUGCCCUCCCUUCUGAUGGGCCUACUUCUUCUGCUCUUACGCCAGAUGUCGAAGAAGCGUUGGUGUCAGCGGAGCACCUCGCAAUUGACUCCACCGACAAGGACUUCUUGCCAUCAAUCGAUCAGACUCGCGCCAUGCCAACCGAGGAGCCAGUUCACGCCUCAACUAGCAACACUAUUGACGUUGCGCCAGUCGACAGAUCUGUGGGGCACUUGGCCGAGAUUCCCUCAGUCGCUGUCUCCUCGAACGAUGAGAUUAAUUUGGAUGUUUUGCCACCGCUUCCUGCUGCGUCUGCCGACGAGCAUGCGCUUCUCUCAGCCGAUUUUGGUCCCUCAAUUGAUCGCGCCGAUGACCCGCUGCUUUCAACUCAAGAUACUCCGCCUGUGGAGCCCACUGUUCAGGCACCCCAUGCAGUCGAGGACCUUCCAGCUGUGCUUGAUGGCAGGCAUCACGCCGGCAAAUCCGUCGCGGAGGACGUACCUGUGGAUCGCAGUGCUCUGGUCGAAGAUGUCGCUCCCAAAACCGUUACAUCUGAGCCUUUGCUCGAGGACGACGCGUCUGACAAGAAGCUCUCCAAGAAGGAGAGAAAAAAGCAACUCAAGAUCAAGAAGGCUUGGGAGCAGGCUCAGGCCGAGAUGCAGGAGCUUGAACGAUCUGCCGAGCCGACUGAGCAGAACAGCAAAGCUGCCUCCGAAGCAGACACAACGCCGCAGCCCGCCCUCGCGCCUGUGUUUGAACAGACCGCGGAGACAACUGAAGCCGAGCGAGCCGCGGGUAUCCCGCUACCCGAGGUCUCGGAUGAGGUGUUCGAAGCUCCCCUGGAGUCCCUAGCUGACGUUCAGCCCACGCCCAAGCCGGAGAUUGCUAUCGAAACAAAGGCACCGUCCACUUUCCUACCCGCUAUUGAACAAGCGGCGGCUAUCCCUCUCCCUGAUGCCUCAGACGAAGCUUUUGAUGCUCCUCUUGACUCCUUGGCCUCUAUCGAGCACCAGCCUGACACCGCUCUCGACGCGAAGGCCCUGCCGACUUCUUUGCCAAUCCUUGAACAUGCUGCGGAGAUCCGCGAGAUCGAGCAAGCUUCAGCUGAACCGCUCUCUGAGAAGGUUGAAGACAUGUCUCAGUCGAAUAUCAAGGAGGUGCCUGAAGAACCGGCCAAGGUCGAGGAGCAAGUCAAUAUCGAGGAGGUGCCCAAAAGUGAAGAGGAUCUCUUUGCUGGCUUGAGCAAGAAGCAGAAAAAAAAGAAGAUGGCAGCAAUGGCAGCUGCUACUGCCGCGGCCGCGGCUGCCGCUAGUGUAACCAACGAUGCUGACUCUUCUGAAGCCAAGGAACCCCUCGUCUUCUCAAGUCCCCUUCCGGAAGCCGUCUCGGAGCCGCCAAUUGAUGCUGAGAAGGCAACGAAGACCACCACGGAAGCGGAAACAGCUGCAAGUGUUCCUCUUCCUGAGAUCUCGAAACCUGUCCCAGAGACCUCUCCCGAGACUAGAGAAUCUCUUGGACCAGACAAUGCCCCCAAGGAGAAGGAGUCUUCCGAUGUCGAGCUUGCCAUUGCUGUUCCACUACCUGAGAAUGUCGCUGAGUCGCUCGAACCGGAGGUUGAGCAGGCUCAGCCCGGACAGCAGACUGAGGUCGACGUGGACACCUUUGCUGGCCUGAGUAACAAGCAGAAGAAGAAAAAGAAGGCUGAGAUGAAGGCUGCAGCCGAAGCCGCUGAGGCUGCAGCCGUCGCCGCCGCCGCAGUUCCGCCUCUUGAGCAUGCCAACGAGUCGCUCAAACCGGAGACGUCUCUCAAGCCAGUCGAUGCCCCAAAGGAGAAGGAGUCUCCUGAUGCCGAGCUCGCUGCUGCCAUUCCACUACCUGAGCAUGUCGACGACUUGCUUGAACCAGAGGUUGAAGAGGCCAAGCCCGAAGAAAAGCAAGAGCAUGUCAAGGAGCUGCUUGACCCCGAAUUCGGACAAGCCAAACCUGAAGAGCAGCCCGAGGUUGAGGUGGACCCCUUUGCUGGCUUGAGCAACAAGCAGAAGAAGAAAAAGAAAGCCGAGAUGAAGGCGGCCGCCGCUAUUGCCGCCACCGAAGCAGCCGAGGCUACUGCUGUUGACGCCGCCACUGUUCCACUUCCUGAGCAUGUGGACGAAUCACUAGAAUUGGAGGCUGAACAUCCGAAGACCGAAGAGCGACCCAAGGUCGAGUACAAACCAGUGGUCGAGGAGAAACCAGUGACCGUGGAGAAGUCAGCGAUCGAGGAGGAGCCGAUGGAGGAGGUGGAUCCCUUUGCUGGCCUCAGCAACAAACAGAAGAAAAAGAAGAUGGCCAAGAUGAAGGCGGCCGCAGAGGCCGCAGAGGCUGUUGCCACUAAUGCCGCCUCCGAAGUUGCCGCCGCCGCCGUUCCAAUUCCUGACGAGCAUGUCAACGAAUCACUUGAAUUGGAGGCUGGACGGCCCAAACCUGAGGAGCAGCUCGAGGUCGAGGAGAAACCCGUGGUCGAAGAGAAGCCGAUGGAUGAUGUGGACCCCUUCGCCGGCCUCAGCAAUAAACAGAAGAAAAAGAAGAAGGCCGAGAUGAAGGCGGCCGCUGAUGCUGCUGAACCCGCUGAGGUCAGCAGAGAAGUGGAAGUCGAACAGCCUACCGCCGCAUCACCGACGCAACCCAUCGAAGAGAGCAAUCUAGUCGUCGAAGCAACUGCUACUCCUGAAACCAGCAUCUCUCAAGCUAAGGAGGCCAUUGAGCUUGAGCAGCCUGCAACCACUUCUCUCGCAGACGUCGAGGAGAAGAAGCCUGAAACAGAGCCGGAGCAGCUCAAGGCAGAGGAAGAUCCGCUUGCAGGUUUGAGCAAGAAGCAGAGGAAGAAGAAACUGGCUGAGAUGGCUGCUGCUGCUGAGGCUGCCGCUCAAGCUAGCGCUGGUCAAGCCAGCGAGACUCUCAAAGCGUCAGAAGUCCUUCCCGAGCCUUCUCUGGCACCCUCUGUCAAUGUUCAGGAGGCCAAGGACACGGAUGAAGCUGAACAGCUACCGGCACUUCCCGUCACGGAGGAGCCGGUUCCCGCCCCCGCCCUAGAUGCGGUCCAAGAACCAUUGCCUGAUGUCAACAAUUCCAAGGAGGAAGUCGAGACUGACUUGCCUGCUUCACCUCUGGUUCCUGACACUAAGAAGGGUAAAAAGAAGAAGAAGAGCAAGAAAUCUUUGGAUGCGACAAACGAAACUCUUCUAUCUACUUCAGCCCUCGAGCCCUCAACUGUUUCUUCUCAACAAGACACUCCUACAUUGGACAUCGAAGCAAGGUCGCUUGGCACCACUAAUGAUGUUACAUCCUUGCAACAAGAGUCCGCCCCUGAGGCGCCAGAAGCCAAGUCCGCUGAAAUCCAGCAAAGCCUCCCUGACCAGCGACUCGAUAUCCGCGGCCCCCAAGAAAAGCUCGAAACACCAUCGGAAUCACUGCCGCCCCUCUCCGAAUCUAACGACAAGUCACUCGGCCCAUCUGACAGCUUGGCUGAGCAGCAGGUUGCAACUGUUGACCAAGACGUCAAGCCUGCCGACACCGACGUGGCGGCUGUUGACGAGACUCAGCCUGUACCUCUAGCACCAGAAGACAGCCCGGCCACGCUUGAAGACGACCCCUGGCAGCUAGACGAGGACCCAUGGCAACAGCAACCUUCAGUCUUUGGCCAAGAAGACACUUCUGCUUCAAAGAGCGACGAGGUUUCGCAGCCACCGGCCGCUGAUCAAAUCAUCGAUGACACCCCGGUUGAACCGCUUGAGGCAGAGGUCCCAGCUGAAGCCGAGUCUACUUCCUUGUCCAAGAAGCAGAAGAAGAAGCUGAAGAAGUCCAAGAAGGACCAGACCGCCGAAGCUUUGAACGAACCUGAAGCAAAGCCUUCUUCCACCCAAACAGAUGCAAGCAUACAACCUUCUGCUGCGGAAGUGGACUUGGUACCGACCGAUAACGACACUUCUCUAGCUGUCUCCGCAGAACCUGCUGUCGAGAACGCAAUAGUCGAAGCGCCCGUCGCAAAAGCAUUGGAGGAGACGUCCGUCUUACCCGAUACUGAACCAGAUGCUACCACCAUUCCUCUACCUGAGGAUGAUACCGAGUUCGUUGAGCAGAUCCCCCGACAAACUGUUGCCGAAGUGGAUGUUGCAGGAGUGCCUCUUCCCGAAUACGCUGCCGAGAAGACCGAUGUAUCUGAACCAGCUCCGACUGAGAAGGAUGCAGCUGCAAUCCCCCUUCCGGAGGAUAUUACCGAGAAAGCCUCCGUUCUUGCCCCUGAAACUUCUGACAAUGUGCCAGCCAUUGUUGACAACGCGAUGGCAACUUCUGAGCCUAGUCUCACGGAGCCGCCACCGGCUGAGCCCAUUCAGCCUGAGGCAUCUGGCAAGAAAAAGAAAAAGAAGAAGAAGGGCAAGGGUGCUUCGCUGUCGCAGCUGGAUGACGUGAUGUCGUCUGAGUCGACUCCCCUCCAUUCCCCAGGCGUUCAGACUCCUACCACUGAAGCUCCUACCAACAAGGCUCCCCUCAAUGAGCCUGCUGCUACCGAUGCCCUUAUUGGCGAAGGUCCCGUCAUCGACACCCCGGCGUUCGAUGCUUGGGGAAUCGAGAGCCCUGCUCCCGACCAGAAAACCGUCACCGAUACCGACGCUUCUGAAGCCAUUCCUGUGGACGCACAUCACCCAGAAGACACCAACUUUCAGACGGCCCCAGUCACGGCGGACACUCUCGAGGCCCCUACACCUUCUUCGCCUUCUACUGAGCAACAGCAAGAUUCUGCUCCGACCGAGGAGACUUCUAAGUCACUUAAAAAGUCGAAGAAACAGAAGAAGAAGGACAAGAAAGCACCCGAAGAUAAUGUCCAGGUGCCAAGCAUCAACGAAGAGCUCCCUGCCGAACCCGCAAAGGGUGCUUCAUCCAAUGCAACGAUCGAUGAGAAGUCCUCUGCGACUGACGCGCAGAAAGCCGACCAAUCGCAGGAAAUUGAUAUCAAGCCGACAGAUUUCGCUGUAGAGGAGGCAACUCAAGUGGAACCUCAAACGCCAACAAUGACCGAAAGCCAGGAUGAGGCUUUCCUCACACCUCCGCAAGGGCCUGCGACUCCCAUUAGCCCAGACGAGGUUUUCGAGAAUGCUUCCCAGGAGCCGACACUUGUUGACAGCCAAGUUGACUCGCUUGAGUCCAAACCGCAAGAAACCUUCGCCGAGGACCAGCAGGAUCGUGGUCCGGAGUCUCCAAUUGAACCCGAAGCAGCAUCAUCGAAGAAGAGCAAGAAGAAGGCCAAGAAGGCUGCUGCAGCCGCCGCAGCAGCCGUCGCUGCCGCCAUAACAUUGGAGCCGGCCGUCGAGGACGCUACCAAGGAUUCGGACAAGAAGGAUACUAAGGACGAGACGGUUACGGACGAGUCAAUCACAGACAAGACGGUCACAGACGUUGAAAACUCGAACACGACCAUUUCAGACAAGAUUGGGGAGAUGGAGCAAUCAUCGCAAGAACCCACCGCGAGCGGAGAAUUCGCUACGGACAGCAAGAUUUCAGAGGAGGCAGACCCAGGACCAACUGUUACCAAAAAGGGAAAGAAGAAGAAGAAGGGCAAGAAGUCUUCCACCCUGGACCCGGAGAGUACCCUCGAAAACUCGGCAGAUGUAGCGAAUACAAGAGAACAGUCCGCUUAUUUGACCUCUCCAUCGGGAGAGCCUAGCAGUGACGAAAUCCCCUUCCCGCAAGCAGACACGCCGACAGAGGCUGAGUGGCCGACUGCUACAACUGCGGGCAAGAAGAAGAGGAAAUCCGUGACCUGGGCACCUGAACUGGAGUCUUUCUCGACCUUUGUUGAACCUAAGCCUGAAAUGCCUCAUGAAGGCGACAGUGGCUUGGAGACGACAAGCAACAUCGAACGCGACUCCAUAUCUGAGGUAUCUUCCACUGUCGAGCCAAGCCCGGCUCAGGAUGCGUCAAGGGCAGGGGAGUUGCCCGAAGCAGGCAGUCCAGGCGAUGUUCCGACCUCGCAAGGUUUAGACGAGGAUGUCGACCAACAAACAGCCACAGUUGUGGCGGAGAAGGAUCUCGACUCUGAUGGCCAAGCACAGAUGCACCCUGCAGGCGAGCCCAGUGAGGAGGCCCUGCCCACACUGCAAGACACAACCGCGACCCCCAGCGAUGAUGUUCCGUCAUCUCCUGGGCUGAACACAAGCACGCGGGGAGUUGCAGGCGAGCCAAUGGAUUCUCUGACCCGCGAGCCUUCAACGCCUGCCUUUUCCAGUGAAGGCGGCACUGAAGUGGCCAACGAGAAGGGCGGUGAGACAUUAGAGCGGGAGCACGAGGUAGACGCGGAGCAGGUGGCUAGGGCCCAGGCUGGUGCAACAUCGGACCCCGAAGCUGCGGGCCGCCCUGACACCAUUGACGAACCAUCAGCGGGAUCCAACGCUCAAACGGGAGAGGUCGGCAGCCAGGACCCCGGCCUGCAUGCGGGUGUGGAGCCGAUUGACGACAAAUCACUGGAGAACACGCAAAACAGGCGGAUAGCGGAUGCCCAAGCCGUGGGACCGGCCCUCACCGACUCGGCCCUGGAGCUUCUGGAGGCUGGAGACCCACUUCAACCCCCGGUCACAGCCUUGGCGAACCAAGACACAAACACGGCGAUCCCCCAACCUCUAGGACAGGGCACAGAGGAGGGACAGGUACCCAGUCAGACAUCAUUGGAGGUUGGCAAAAAAUCUGACGCGGGGAUUACUGACUCUACUGCCGAGACCGAGACCCUUCUGCAAGACGUUCAACAACUAGACAAAAUUUCAGACGUCGAAAAGAAGGAAGAAGAAAAGAAGGACCAGAGAGACGAAUUCGAUUCUCUCGCCGCCAAUGUUGGAUUCCCGGGUCAGUCAGAUCUAUCGGAAUCUUUGGGUCAACCGAUCUUGCCGGAGCCGCAAAUAGAGCCGCUUUCGGAGACUCUUCCCGGCCUUGAACCAACAGGGGACCCGAGUACCACUCACGACCCCGAACAGACCGAAACACAAGUCGGUCAGGAAGACGACGUUGGUUCUGAGCCCUCAAGCUCGAGCAAGAUGUCCAAGAAGGAAAAGAAGAGCAGCAAGAAGAAGACCAAGGCUGCAACAUCUGAACCAAUCCCUCAGGAUGAUGUCCAAAAUCUCAAGUCACCGAUUGUGGAAGAUGGAGCCCCGGCUGUCAGGGCCGUUGACGAAUCAGUCCAAGCACCGGAGCAGGCGGGGCCGAAUGUCACGGACGCCCCGGAAGCAACCGCCGUAAGAGAAGCAAUCGAGGCUGGCGAGGAUGAAUGGGCAAUUCAACCAGCUGGCAAGAAGAGUAAAAAAGACAAAAAGAAAAAGGCUGCAGCUCAGGCAUCUGCUGCAGUGGAAGAGCAGAGCACUGAGCCUUCGCCUGCGCCUGAAACGCGCGAGAUUCCCGCCGAGCCUGAAGCGCCUUUACAGUCUUCAGUAGACCAAGCCUCCAAGGGUGAUGAUGCUGGCGACCACAAGUCAACAGAGGAGUCUGCGGACACCCUGGAGAGCGCAGAGCCCAAGCAAAGUGAAGAGGUUCGGGCCCCGGCGGAAAGCACAUCAGACGAAGUUCAAAGUUCACCACAGCCAACUACAAAUGAUGAGCUGCCGGCCGAACCAGCAGAGGCCGACAUCAAUGACUUUGAGCCGACGAAGAAGAGCAAGAAGGACAAGAAAAAGAAGAAGAAGCAGCAAAGUCUUUCAUUGGACGAUAGCCAGGAACUCCCUCAGCUGGAGACUCCGCUAGAGGAAUCUUCCUCUGCUUCACCUGACAACGCCCCUUUGCUUGGCGACGCAGCACAACUGCCAUCUGAAGAUGUGCAAGCUUCAUCAGAGCCAGAGUCCAAAGGCCCGCUAAAGGCCGAUGCUCAGGACCUCUCGACUUCGAAGUCUGAGGAAGAACCACCGACCCAGGACUCACCAGCAACUUUGCAGCCUACCAACCUGGAAGCAGGAGCCUCCUCUGCCCCUAUGGCUGGAGUAUCCGAAGUCAAGCAGGAACUGCCAUCAGAGCCUUCCGGCCAGACUGAUCCUUCUCCAGCAACGCUCGAGACACCUGCAGAUAACACCACUCCACUUGCAGAGGAAGAGUUCCCAGCUGUCACCAAGAAGUCCAAGAAGGAUAAGAAGAAGAAGAAGAGUCUUGCUUCCGACACCCAAGAUGAGACGCCAGCCACGCCGGAAGCGCAGCUCGUGGCAAAGGAGAUUGACCUAUUAGAAGCACCGCAGAAUUCUGAGCCACUAACAAUGCCUGCCGUCACGCCGGCCGCAGAGGAGCCAAACCCCCAAGCCGUGGAGGAGGUGGCUACUCCACCAGAGGCAGCGGCGAACACCGAGUCACCAGCCGUUGUAUCGGAGGAUCCGAUCCCUGAGAACCAAACGCCGACUACUGUGGAGGAAGAGCUCACCACCUCGAAGAAAUCGAAGAAGGACAAGAAGAAGAGCAAGAAGGACAACGCGCAAGAUAUUCUGGAGGACUCUCCUGCUCCAGAGGCAGAAAGCACGCCGGAAUCGAUACCCGCAUCGCAGGUGGAGGAAGCUCGCGAAGAAGCCGUCGUUCCUGGUGACGAGGCGAUCGCCCGACCGAAGGAACCCGCGGAAGAGCCCAUCGUCACGACUGAGCUUCCCGAGCAGCAAGAGGAAGAACCUGUCAAAGUAGAGCCUGAGCAAGAGAAGGGUAUCGAAGAGACGGCGCCUCUGGAAUCGGAGCAGCCUAAGGUCGAGGAGGAUCCCUUCAAAGGCAUGAGCAACAAACAGAAGAAGAAGAAGAAAGCAGAGAUGGCCGCUGCCGCUGCCGCCCUGGCCGUUGCUCAGGAACCCACGCCUGCCGCCGAGGAACAAACCGCCGACUCCACGCCUGCUACUCUUGAGACCCCACCAGAGGCGCGGCCUACUGAGGAAACCGCUGCCGAGGAACCUUCUGCGCCAGAACCGCAAACUGCAGAUGAAGUCAAGAGUGUGCCAGAGGUUACGCCGGAGUUGAUGAAGUCUGAAGAGGAUCCAUUCAAGGGUAUGAAUAAGAAGCAAAAGAAGAAGAAGAUGGCCGAGAUGAAGGCGGCCGCUGAAGCCGCCGAGGCUGCUGCCACUGUCGAAGCUGUCGAGGUCGAGAAGCCCACGGAAGACGAAGCUGCCGCUGAGAAGCUUGUCGAGUCGCACCCCACAGAGGACUUGGUCGCUGAGAAAACCUCCACCGAGGAGGAGCUUACUGGGAAGGAGCCUGCCGUUGAGAAGUCUUCCGAUGAGAAGUCUGCCGAUGAGAUCCCCAUCGAGACACAUUCCACAGACGACGCGUCCGGACUGGAAACUUCCACCGAGGACAAGACGCCUGUCGAAGAGAUGACUUCUGACAAGACUACGAUCGAGACGCCGACCAAGGAGCAGUCCGCCGUGGAGCCCGAACGCGCGGCGGAACCAGAACUUGUGUCAGAGGCAGUAUCAGAGCCAGCCAAGGCAGACGAAGACCCUUUCAAGGGUAUGAACAAGAAACAAAAGAAGAAGAAGAUGGCCGAGAUAGCUGCCGCCGCCAAGGCUGCCGAAGCUGCUGCCGCUGGUGAGGCUGUUUCUGAGGCCCAACAAGUACCUUCUGAGCCUGCUCCAGCCAAGCUCGUCGACGAGGAGCCUUUUGUUGAGGAGUCUGCUGCCAAGGAGACUGCAGCUGAGUCGAAGUUCGUGCCCGAACCGGAGCUCGAGCAGCCUCAAGUCGAAGAGGACCCUUUCGCUGGCCUGAGCAAAAAGGAAAAGGAGAAGAAAUUGGCUGCAAUGGCUGCUGCUGAGGCCGAAGAGAAGGCAGUUGAGCAGAUGGUUGGUGAGGACAAGGUUGCCGAUAAGAUACCUGCAGAUGUCGCUCUUGAAGAGACUCCUGCUGAAGCCCCGACUGCCGAGGAGUCGACUCUUGCCGACAAACCUACCGACGAGAAGGCUGUUGAAGAUGCCCCCGUUCCAGAGGUGCCCCAGGUCGAGGCUCAGGUCGAGGAGGACCCCUUCAAGGGCAUGAACAAGAAGCAGAAAAAGAAGAAGAUGGCUGAGAUGGCCGCUGCUGCAGAGUUGGCUGCAGCCACUGCAGUUUCAGAGCUUGCCACUACAAAAGCUCCACAAGUCCCUGUAGAGAAGCCCGAGGAGGUGGCAGCUGAGAGCAAGAUCGUCGAAGAGACUCCUGCAGAGGCAGCUGCCGAAGAGAAGCCCAUCGACAAGUCCGAGCCGGCAUCACCCAUCGUCGAGGAGGACCCUUUCAAGGGCAUGAACAAGAAACAGAAGAAGAAGAAGAUGGCCGAAAUGGCAGCAGCUGCUACUGCUGCAGCCGCCGCCGGGGUUAUCGCAGCUGAAGUCAAGGAUAUCCAACACGACAAGGCUGCAGACGACGAGGCAGACAUCUCAUCCGAGCAGCCACCCGCACCUGAAGUAGAGACUGCCGCGACGUCUGAGGAUGCUCCUAGGGAUGCUAGUCCUGAGCUUCUUGAGGUGAAGGAGGCGUCAGAAAAGCCUGAGAGCCAGAUCGAUACUUCCGCAAUUCCGGAUGUCAAUGUCGAUGACGACUUCCCGAUGAUCGAGAAGAAGACGAAGAAAGACAAGAAGAAGAAGGGCAAGGCCUUGGAAAUCCUUGAGCCUGGAUCUGGCCCUUCGCCUGGUAUUGCCGCCCAAUCAAGCGAACCUGUCGCAGAGCCUUCUAUCGAGGCUAUUGCUGAGAGCGUCCCGGAGCCUCCGCUGAGCGAUCCUACUCUAUCCACCGAGGACAUACUUGCCGCAGUAGAGGAGCCUUCUUCGUCAAUGCCAAGUGCCACAAUCGACCAGUCUGCCGAUCAGUCGAUGCAUCUCGAGAGCCCCAAAGCACCUAUCGAGGAGCCUGCCAAAGAGGCCACCGAAACGAUGGCAACAGACAAGCCUCUCCUAGAUGCCGAUGUUGCUGCUGCCGCCGAGGAGUCUUCUAAAUCUGUGGAGGAUGAUUUCUCCCCGAAGCUGUCUAAGAAGGAUAAGAAAAAGAAGAAGAAGGGCAAGCUUCAGGACGACUCGGAUCGCCCCUCUGGAACGACAACACCCACCGUCUUGGAGCCUUCAGACCACCUUGAUGUAUCUACUCCUGAUGUUCAAGAAGCACCGGCUGCCGCUAGCACCGAUGUUCCUGCACCUGACUCAACCGAAUCGACCAAAGAAACUUCGGUGGACAUCUCGGAACCCCAGGUAGAUGCCGUCACUGUAGACGUCAGAGAGACGGCGAAGGUGGAAAGCGAGCCCCCUUCUGUUACCAAUGAGGCCAAGGAGGUGCACGUGGCCAAUGCCGAGUUGCCGACCAUUGAUACAGAUGCUACUUCAGCCCUAGUUGGAGAUUAUUCCGCUGAGAUUCCCGCUGUGGCCCCCGUCGAGACCCCUGUUGAGACUUCUGCCGAGAUUCCAAACAUCGACGACGAAUUUCCAGACUUCCAGAAGAAGUCAAAGAAGGACAAGAAAAAGAAGAAGGGCAAGACUCAGGACGACAUUGAGGUCACAUCGGGAGCUGCCACUCCAGCUGAUGCACUCGAAGCUGAGAGGCAUCAAAUACAGUCGCCCGAUAUCUCUGUCGAGCCAGUCAAGUUUCCUACAGAUGCCAACUUCCCCUCGGCUGAACCGAAGACUGUCAUCGAUCAAGAUUCCAUCGCUAAGGACUCCCAACUUCCAAUCGACGCACCAGUUGAGGAAGAAUGGCCCGAGAACGCGCCCGUCAAGAAAUCUAAGGACAAGAAGAAAAAGAAGAAGUCCAUGGUCGAGCAGGAUUUCGAUCUUGCAUCUGGAACCGAGACACCGAUGGAGACCACCGUUGAAGACAACGAAAAGGAAGUAGCAUAUAUUGAUGAUGCUAUGACUACCGACACGCCCCUGACCUCCGAUAGCAAGAUGGCCUCAGAUGUCCCGCUUGAUAAGGCCUCAGUGGAAGCGUCACUUGAGGCUGACUCUACACAAGCAUCAGCUCCAGAGGUAGCACAGCCUUCGCCAUCGCAGGAUGUCUCACAAGAACAGCUGGCGGCAGACAUACAACAACCUUCUCCUGCACUCUUGGCCGAGAACCAGCCUGAGCCAUCAACUUCUGUGAAAUCAAUCGAGCUUGAGCCCGAGAAGACUGCCGAAGAGACAGCGGCUGCCGAGGAGCCUUCAGAGUUCACAGUCAACAAGUCUAAGAAAGACAAGAAGAAGAAGAAGAAGUCUACAUUGACCGAGCUUGAAACCCCUACUCCAAUUGCCGAGGAGCAAGUAGCCACCUUGGAAAACACUGCCACCGAUCCCAUCGAAAAGCCAAUCACCGCAGGAUCCAUCUUGGAGAGCUCGGCCGUCGAGCCUGUGGAGGGAACGGCCCUGCCUGCUGAGGGGUCAGCCUCAGUGAUUCCGGAGACUGAGCCCGCAACUGCCCACUCCCAGGAUGCUCAGCCAAGACAGGUUGCAGAGUCCGACGUGCCAACGACCACUCUGGACCUUGAAUCCAAGCCAAAAGGACUGGACGGCCAGUUUGAUACUGCCCCUUCGACUGAGCAAGAAUCCAUCGCUCCCAUCGCAGUUGAGAAUUUGCCGGAGGGUGCUUCUGAUCAAGUCCGUUCAGUCGAAAGUUCCAACGUCGUGGCCGAGCCAGAGGCCGCAGCUCCUGCUGAUCUUGACGAUUUCAUGCCUGCGAAGAAGAGCAAAAAGGACAAGAAAAAGAAGAAGCGACAGAGCCUGGCAUUCGACGACGUCGAACCCGAGUCGCCCCUGGCUUCUGGCACGGCAACACCUAAGCUUGAGUCGACGGAGCAGCAAGAAACUGAGCGAGCUUUCGAUCAACAGCCUCUUCUAGCGGAAGAUAUCUCGAGACACGAGGACCAUGCUUCGAGCGACAAGUCGGCCUUCACGAGGGAUGAUCUCGCAACAGACAGAUCCCUCGAAUCCACUUCAGUGCCUCAACCCCUCCCCACUCUUGACGCCUCAGCUGGCCCCCAAACAAUGGACGCCAUGACAUCUGAACGCCGAGAAGAUCUCAACCAAUUUCAGACAAUCUCCGAAGACACGUUGGCUACUGAAUCUACGCCGCAGCAGGUUGUCGGUGACGAGACGAUCUCAGCUGACCAGGUGGAUGAAGUCUUGCCUAGCGCUCCAAUGGAUGUGUCUGAACAGGACGAUAAGCGCCCCGUAGAGGCAACGAGCGCACCAGAUGUCCGUGAAAGUGCCCUCACGGAGGAACCUGAAGAGACCUUUGUCGUCAAGAAGUCUAAGAAAGACAAGAAAAAGCGCGCCAGCCAGGUGCAGUUUGAGGAGCCGGCCUCGCCCAUCCUCGAGACCACCGAAGCUUCUGAGCAAGCCACCUUCGCCGAGCUAGGGCCUGAGGACAUCUCUCGGGGGAUCGUUCAGGAGCCCGAAGUCAUUGACCUUGCACCGCAAGAACCCAUUGCGGAGGAGUUCGUCUCCAAGAAGUCUAAGAAGGACAAGAAGAAGGCCAAGAGACUUUCCUUUGCGGAUGAGCCAGAAACGAUCGUUGAGGAGCAGGCCAGCGCCCCAGUCUUACCUCAAGGCGGCUUCGCCGCACUGGAGACGUCAAAGAACCUCCCGGUCACCGCUGCUGAGACGGAUGUUGCGAAGGGCUCUAUUUCACUGGAAGACCCAGGCCAUCAGACAGCGGCUAUGCUCGAACCAGAAUUAAUGACUGAACCUGUCGCUGCUGGUGAUGAUGAAUGGGACAUUCCCGCCACCAAGAAGUCGAAGAAGAACAAAAAGAGCAAGAAGCAGUCAAUUUCACUGGAUCGCUCUCCCAUCAGCGCCAACUUACAGCCGGAACAAGAAACGAUUGUGCCUGGACCUAGCCGAACUGAAGAUACGAAAGACACGGUUGAGUAUUUCGACAGUGCACCUCGCGAAAUCACUCGAAGCCCUUCAGCGCCACCGCCUCCAGAAACCGCAUCAGCCCUCGAAUCACCUGCAGGCAUAGUCCCCGAGCCUGUUGGUGUCAAUACCACGUCUCCUACUUCGAAUAAGUCAGUAGACAUCGAUCUCACUCCCGCACAGGAGACCAGCAACGUCGUUCAUGAACUGCCCUUCGAUCAGUCAAACAAACGCAAGAAGAUGAAGACGAGAGAGUUGUCCGACACUCUCCUCCCCGAGCCGAUUGUCAGCUCUAGAGAUGUUGCUGCUGCGUACUUUGAUGACCGCGAGACACCAGCAGCGGGCAUCAGCAAGAUUGAGGAUGAGCUCCCUACCCCGGAAGCUGAUACACCCCUUGGAAAAAAUAUUCCUGGGCACAGCGCGGGAAAAGAUGAGCCUCUUCGGGAACCAGAGCCGGCUGCAUCCCUUGACAUCGCCGCUUCGUACAUGGAGCACAAGUAUGACCACAAGCCGGAUGAAUCUGUCCAGCCAAUCACACCAGAGAAGAAGGCAUCCGAGUCAUCAGGCAUCGGCGCCGCAGUCGGGGCAGCAGCAAUGGCUGCCGGUGCGGCAGUCCUUGCUAGCAAAUCGAGCAGCGGUAAGAAGAAGAAGGGGAAGAAGUCGAAGUAUGAGGACAAGCGCGCAGCACAAGAGGAGGACGUGUUUGAUGAUCCUUCUCUCUGGGAAGGUGCCGAUAGGAAACAUGUCAGCGAGAUUGCAAGCAAAGAGGUGGAAGACUUUUGGGGCGGCGGCGAGAAUACGGCCGAUGACCAGCUACCUGAGCAGUCAACUAGAACAAGCAUGAUGGCGGACGACGUUUUCGGUCCCUCGCUUCAGCAACAGGAGGGCGUCCCCAUUGAAGCACAGGAGACUAUUGUCUAUGAACAAGAGCCCAACGCGUCUCCAGUAUCUCAAGGCUUGGUAGAGGACGUAUCAAAAGGAAGGUCACAGGAGGAGGAACAGGCUAAGGAUGUUCUGAGUCUCACAGCACCGCUCAAGGAGAAGGCUCAAGACAACAACAUUGAGAGCCCGAUUCUUGGCAGAGAAAUCGGAACGGAGCAAGCGAGCGAGCCUGCCAACAUCACGACACAACAACGCUCACUGAACCGGGGUACCAGGUCUCCCAUGACAAACACCAUGGUUAGCGAUAUGGAUGAAGCAGUCGAUCGUGGGUUCGAGGCUGAGGCCCGUCGCGAUCUAUUCGUUGGACGUUCACCAAACAGCCCUGAGCGGACCUUUGAGAUGGGCGGUUUCCGGAGUCCGGUGCCGAGCAUCUUGCCGCCCGUUCAGGAGGAGGGUCACGAUGGAAGCGAUAUCGAACCUCGAUUGCUGUACAGGCCUGCUUCUCGCACAACCACAGGCUCACCUGACCCAACACGAGACAGCGGCUUUGUACCCAGCUCGCCUCACCCUCUCAGAAGGGGAGGUUUCGAUAAUGAGGAGCAACGAGACAGCGGAGUUCAUCUUCGGGAUUGGCAGGAACAAAGAUCACCAGGCCGCGAUGGACAACGGACUCCAGAGUUGAGGUUUCACAAAAGCGAAAGACGACGAUCUAGAGAUCUGGAGAGAGUCAAGUCGCCGGAGAAGACCUCACUGAUCGAAGGAGAGGCUCGCGAUCACCCACUUUCCAGAACACCCGUAUUGCGAGAGCCUGCAGGAAGGGAGUUGACUCCAGAGCCGCAGAAGCACAAACGGGGCAUCAGCCCAGAGCUUGAGAUGCGAAGAAACAAGUACCAGGACCUGGCGUCGGCUGCCUUGGCUGGUGCAGCAAUCAGCAGCACAGUCUCGUCACCACGCAGCACUCCGCCACCGGGUAAUCGCAGCGUUUCCGACAGGGUCGCACGGCUCCAGUCUCCAGCACCUACAGAGCCUAUAGCGCGCAGGUCCAUGUCCAACAGCAGCCUGUCACGGCACCGGCGGGCCACUGGGGCGCUAACGCCAGAACCGCUCAAGUUCCGGCCUGAGAGCCCAGGCAUCCAACGGUCAGGCACCGCCACCCCGCCUCUUCGCCGGGUCGACAGGCGUGUAAGCGGAGACUUGCGAUCCAUCAGCCAACGAAGUCAGCUUGACCUCAACAAGGACCCCAAGGACCCGACCAGCUCCUCAAACACCCCCGUCGCCAACGAAGGUCGUGUCCGUACCAAGGACAUGGCCGACGUCUUCGAUGGAUUCGGUGAAGGCCGCAUCGGCUCUCCCCGAUCGCCUACCCGUCCACACAGCAUGCGACGUCGCCAGAGCAUGCAAGUCCUCGAGCUCGAGUCCCGCGUCGAACAAUUGAUGGCGGAGAACCGCAUGCUCACAGACGCCCGAUCUCAGACCGAUACCCACAACAGCAACAGAGCCUCUGGUAUUCUGGCAGAGCGCGAUGCCGAAAUCGACGUCCUCAAGCAAUCACUUGAGUUUCUACAAAAGGAGGUUGCCCGAUUGACAGAGGUCAACGAGGGCUUGAACAGCGCCAAUACCCAGCUUGCUGCCCAACACAAUGAGCGUUACCGGUCAUUGGAGACCCAGCACUCUGAUGCCUCCAGGCAAUUAGAGCAAGCGCGCACCGAGCAUAACCACUUCCAGGAGUCACUGCUCCAAAAGGAUGCCGAGAUUGGCCGCCUACGCUCUGAGCUCGAUGCGGCCAAGGACAAGAUCCGACAGAUGCAGCGCCAGAUCCUGGCAUCCAAGGGCGCUGACAGCGACUUCCUCAAUGUCAAGGAUGUCGACCACUUUGACCACAGAUGUCAGCAGCUCUGCUCUCACGUACAGCAGUGGGUUCUGCGCUUCUCGAAGUUCUCUGACAUGCGCGCCUGCCGCAAGACAAACGAGAUCAAUGACGAAAAGGUCAUUGACCGUCUCGACAACGCCAUCCUCGAUGGCACCGAUGUGGACACUUACCUCGGCGACCGUGUCAGGCGCCGAGAUGUGUUCAUGUCCAUGACGAUGAACAUGAUUUGGGAGUUUGUGUUCACUCGCUACCUCUUUGGCAUGGACCGCGAGCAGCGACAAAAGCUCAAGUCGCUGGAAAAGCUACUUACCGAGGUCGGCCCUCCUCCGGCCGUCCGACAAUGGCGUGCCGUCACCCUGACGCUGCUCUCUAAGCGCCCCAGCUUCAAGCACCAGCGCGACCUCGACACCGAGGCCGUCGUCCAAGCCAUCUUCCAAACGCUGUCCAGGGUCCUCCCUCCCCCUUCCAACCUGGAGGACCAGAUUCAAUCACAGCUGCGCCGUGUGAUGCGGGAGGCCGUCGACCUCUCCAUCGAGAUGCGCACCCAGCGCGCCGAGUACAUGAUGCUCCCGCCGCUGCAACCAGAGUACGACGCCGACGGCGAGCUCGCCGAGACCGUCACGUUCAACGCGGCGCUCAUGAACGAGCGCAGCGCCGACAAGUCUGCUACCAACGAGGCUCUCGAGGCCCAGAGCGCCGUUGUGCGUAUCGUCUUGUUCCCGCUCGUCGUCAAGAAGGGCGACGACGGCGGUAACAAUGACGACGAGAUUGUUGUGUGUCCUGCCCAGGUGCUGGUGGCUCGGCCCAAGGGCAAGUCCGUUAGGCUGUUUACGCCCGGGAGCGACGCUGGCGGUGCGUCGCUCGGCGGGCAGACGGCGGCCACGCACAGCGAUCUCAGCAUGGGAACUUUCUUGCCCGAUCAAGCCUCCAACUUGCGGUAA